AUCAAGCGGUGUUUGAGUAAACUAAAACAAUUAAAUGUCAAAUAUAAAUUAAAUUACAUUGAAUUUUUUUUAAAUAUAAAAAAUGUCACGUAAUUUAACGCAGUCGAAAGAGGCAUUAUUGAAAUCGUAUACAACACGUUUAAAAGAUGAUGUUAAAAGUAUGUUAGAAAAUUUUGAAGAAAUAGUAAAAUUAGCUAAAGGAGAAAAUGAAACUCAAUUAUCUAGAAUGACACAAUGUGAACAAGAUACAUAUGAAAUGCAUGUACGAGCAGCUAAUAUUGUUCGCGCUGGUGAAUCUUUAAUGAAACUGGUUUCAGAUAUUAAACAAUAUUUAAUAUUAAACGAUUUUCCAUCUGUAAAUGAAGCAAUUACUCAAAAUUCUAAACUAUUCAGGACCAAACAAGCAGAAUGCGAUCAAAAAUUAAUGUCAUUAAGAGAUGAUAUGGCAUGCGAUUUGUAUGACCUAGAAGAAGAGUAUUAUACUAGCAUGUUUAAGUAAUUUAUAAGUUAAAUUUAAAACAUAAUUAAUAUGUGAUAUUAUUUAAGUACGUAUUCGGAAAUAAGUUUAAUAUUUAAAUAUUUUUAAAUAAACAACAUAUGUGGUAUUUCUAUCUUUUAUACAUUGACUGUAAUCCUUUCAGCAAAUAGA